CCCUUGUAUCCAUGUAUUUAAACCCUUGUUCAUAUGCGAACUCUGAGAAAAAGAUUUGAUUUUGCUGAGUGAUUUCAUAUUUCUGUGUCUUUUCUGCAGGAACUCAUCAUCUUUUUCUGAUAAAAGAGGGUGAAAAAGGGGGGAGGGCAACAAGAAUUUAGAGGAAUGGAUGAGAAUUGGAGUUCAAGGUAUUGGUGUCAUAUGUGCUCACAAAUGGUGAGCCCAAUCAUGGGGAUGGAAAUCAAGUGUCCUUAUUGUGAUAGUGGUUUUGUAGAAGAGAUGCAAUCAAGGGGAAAUAUCAGUGAUGCUAACACUGAAUUAGGCUCAGAUAGAGAUAGAGCUCUAUCUUUAUGGGCUCCGAUACUUUUCAGACUUAUGAACAACCAGUAUCGGCAUCGGCGUGCUCGUAGAGAAGGUGGUGAGGAAGAAGAAGGAAGCCAUGAGAAUGAGGAGGAAGAGUUGCAGCCUGUUCUUCGAAGACGGAGGAGGAGCUUGGCGAUAAUUCAAGUGCUUCAAGGUCUCCGGGACGGUGUGAGACCGGAAAGUGAUAUGCCGGAGAGUGAGAAUGAAAGAGAUGGACAAAGAGUCAUACUUCUUAAUCCUUUCAAUCAAGCAAUUGUACUUCAGGGAUCAAUUGAUGGUAAUCAGAGUAAUGAGCAUGAAUUGAGGAACAAUGGCAUUGGUGCAUCAAUAGGGGAUUACUUCAUUGGUUCUGGAUUGGAUGUUUUGUUGCAGCAUUUGGCGGAGAAUGACCCGAGUCAGUACGGGACGCCACCGGCCCAGAAGAAGGCAGUAGAGGCUAUGCCGACGGUGAAGGUAGAGGAGUGUAUGAGUUGUUCGGUUUGUUUGGAGGAUUUGGAAGUAGGAAUGGAAGCUAAGGAGAUGCCUUGCAAGCAUAAGUUUCACAGUAGAUGUAUAUUGCCGUGGCUUGAGCUUCAUAGUUCGUGUCCUGUUUGCAGGUUUCAGAUUCCAGCAGAAGAGUCGAAGAAUGUGAAUGAAGCAGAAAAUGCCAGGAGAGUAGAGAGUGGUACCGGCAGUGGUGGAAACGGGAGGAGGUUUUGGAUCCCGGUACCGUGGCCUUUCAGUGGUUUGUUCUCUACAUCUGGGCAGCAGGGCUCAGGGAAUUCUUCGUCGGCUUCAUCCUCGUCGACAACAAAUGGAAGUAUUAACAACAACAGCUCUAAUGUUGAUGAGAAUUGAGGUUGGGGUGUUCACUGGUUUAAAUUGUUUUGCUUUUAAGUUGAUUGGAACCAUCUUGUACAGUAUUUCAGUUAUUAACUUAUUAUUACUGAAUUUGGGUGCUGGAAGUAUAAACAGAGUAUGCUCUGCUUUGUUUUGAAUUUA